AAAUCAAACCGCAAAACCCUAAAAAAGGUGAUUGAUUGAUUCCAUUGAGAUCCUCACUUUACCAUUCCUUCCGCUUCCCGCCAGUAUAUUUUCGAUUCCAGCUUUGGCCAUGUCUCUGCGGCCACGCCGAUCUCUUGGGUUUUCGUCUCCGGCGAAGCAAAGAAAGAAAGCCCCCCAAAAAACCAUACCCACGAGAGCCAAUCGAAAGCGUCUGCCUUAUUACAUAAAACCCGGCGCCGCCGUGGAAAUCAGCUCCGACGAAAUUGGGUUUCGCGGCUCGUGGUACCUGGGAAAAGUGAUCACCACCCCAUCCUCAGAUAAGGAAAAAUGCCAAGUGGAGUACACGAGGCUCUUCUUCGACAAAGAGGGUACGAAGCCUCUGAAGGAAGUCGUCGACUUGAGCCAGCUUCGUCCUCCGGCGCCGCCGAUGUCUGAGAGAGAGAAGAAGAGGGAAAUCGCGAUUGGGGAUGAAGUCGACGCCUUUUACAAUGACGGUUGGUGGGAAGGGGAUGUGACGGAGGUUCUUGGUGAUGGGAGAUUCAGUGUUUUCUUUAGGUGUUCAAAAGAACAGAUUCAGUUUAAGAAAGAUAAACUUAGGUUUCACAGGGAAUGGGUUGGUGGAGCUUGGAAGCCUCCAUUAGAGGAUACAGAGGAAGAGGAAUCAGAGGAAGACAAAGUAGACAAUACAGAAGAUGAAGAGGAGGAUAUUUUAGCCCGAGUGGAUUUGGAAACUACCAGAGCAACUGCUAAAGAAAUGUUUUCUAGUGGCACGAUUGUCGAGGUUAGCAGCGAUGAGGAAGGUUUCAAGGGGUGUUGGUUUGCAGCUAAAGUCGUUGAACCCAUUGGAGAUGACAAAUUCCUUGUUGAGUACCGAGAUUUGAGAGAAGAAGAUGGCGUAGAGCCUUUGAAAGAAGUAAUCGAUUUUCUGCACAUAAGGCCGCCGCCACCAAGAGAUGAGGAUAAAGAUUUUACUGUUGGGGACAAGAUUAAUGCAUUUUACAAUGACGGCUGGUGGAUAGGUUUUGUCAUAGAGGGUAUGAAGGGUGGAACUGUUGGUAUACAUUUUAGGCAAUCAGGAGAAAAAAUGCGGUUUGGAAGGCAGGGUCUUCGUCUGCAUAAAGACUGGGUUAACGGUACCUGGCAGCUACCACCACUAAAAGGAGGGCAGAUAAAGAGGGAAAAGGUCGUUUCAUGUAGUCGGAACGUGAGACCUAAGAAAGCAAUCGAGAAGCAAGAGUUCAGCAUUGGAACUCCAGUAGAAGUUAGCAGUGAGGAACAAGGAUUUGAAGGUUCUUGGUUUCCUGCAAAACUUGUUGAAUACAGAGGAAAUGACAAAUGCGUUGUAGAAUAUGAUAACCUGAAAGCUGAAGACGGGAAGGAGCCUUUGAGAGAAGAGGUUAAUGUUUCAGAGAUAAGGCCUCAACCAGUAGAGCAGGUCAUGGUUUGUCCAUUCGAGAAGAAUGACAAAGUUGAUGCUUUGUAUAAUGAUGGUUGGUGGGUCGGGGUGAUUAGGAAGGUUCUUGCAAAGUCAUCGUACCUGGUUUACUUCGAGAACACUCAAGAGAUGCUAAAAUUUCAUCAUUCUCAACUAAGGCUACAUCAGGAAUGGAUAAAUGGCAAGUGGAUAACAAAUUUUAAGUCUCAGAAGGCGUAAUCGGGCUGGAUAAAGGUGUAAUUGGCAUGGAUAACACAUCAGGAUUUUGGGAUUUUGGGAUCUCAAGUUUUGUUUUUUGGAGGUAUUUGGAUCCUUAGUCUUAACCCCGUCGUUCAUUGCUAUUGUAGAUAAUUGCAGUUAUGAUGCUUGACUAAAAGGCAAAAACCAGUCCAGUUGAUAUUUUUAUUGAUUUCCCAUAUGAGAGAUACUGCUACUCAUAAUGCUCCUGAUUUCCAUUGAUUAUUUGAUAGGCAAGUUGUUGCUGUAAGGUUAUUUUCUU